AUGGAUAUUUCUCCUUCCUCCUCCCUCAACAUCAGCCUUUCUUGCUCCUCCAAUCCCCAUUUCCCUGCAAUGCCUCUACCUUCCUCAUCCUCCACAAAGAAGACCAUCUACUUCGCCUACGGCUCGAAUCUCUGGCGCGAACAAAUGCGAACGCGUUGUCCCACUUCGAGAUACUGGGGUCUUGCGAGGCUCAAGGGGUAUGAGUGGAUCAUUUACGAGAGAGGUUAUGCGAAUGUCAUUGAGAAGGAGCAUACGAACGAUGGGCGCAAGAUCGAGGAGGAGGCAGACGGAAAGAAGAAGCACGACUACAGUAACGAAGUCUGGGGUCUUGUCUACAGCUUAGAGACAGAGGAUGAGAAGAGACUUGACCGGAAUGAGGGUGUGCCGGUUUCUUACCAGAAAGAGCAGAUCGGGUGUGAGUUUUGGCCUGCAGAAGCUGAGCAUAACGACAGUAAAGAGGGAAGACCAGAUCCCAGCAAGAGAUCGAAGAAAAUAGAUAUGUUGCUUUACAUCAAUCGGAACUUGAAGAAGGUGGGCGACAUCAAGAAGGAGUAUGUCUACAGAAUGAACCAGGGCAUUGCAGAUGCCGUCAAGGAAGGUAUGCCGAAGGAGUAUGUUGAGCAGGUGUUGAGGGAGUAUAUCCGGGAGGAGGAGGACGAGAUUCGGCAUGAACGAGUGCAAGAGACGGCAGAGAGACAGGCUGCAAACUUUGAGAAUGAAAGAUGA